CGACGCGCCCUGGACCGCCUCCAACACGAACAACACCUUCGCUCACCCGCCCCUCGUCCAAGAUCAAUGUCAGGGAUGCGCCGCGCGGCUGCUCCGUCCAGGUAGCCAGAAAACGCAGCCAAGCCACAAUGUCGCAAUCAUCAGCGACCCUGCAGACGUACGGCGACUGCGUCACGUCGCUGCGCACCUCGCUCUCCUUCCUCGAGUCGUCGGUCCAGACCAUCGACGCCGGCGUCGCCGACUUCCCGCGCCUCAUCUCGGUCCUCAAGACCGUCCGCCACUACGAGCUCAUCCCCGCCCGCACCCUCGCCGCGGCCGAGGCGUCGCUCCGGUCCGAGAUCGGCCCGUUCGUGGGCCUGCUGCUCGACCGCGCCGACGGCCACCUGGCCCGACAGGCCCGCCGCAUCGAGACGCUCAAGGCCAAGGCCGAGCUGCAGGCCGGCCGACUGUCGCACGACGACGGCGGCGCGAGGAAGAAGCAGCAGCAGGCCGCCGCCGCCGCCGCCGACAGGAAGAAGCAACUAAAGGGAGAGGCGGCCCUGCGCGCCCGCAUGGUGCGCCAGCGCAAGGAGGCGCUCCGCUACGCCGUCGACCGCCUCGAGACCGAGGUCGCGCAGAAGGAGCGGGAGCUGCGUGCGCGGCUCGGCGAGUGAGGGGGCGGAACGGUGCAAUUCCCAUGUCUGAUGCCGGAGGAUGGGGUUUUUGAAGAAACCUUGUUUCCACCGAGGCUUGCUGAGGGCGCAGUCGGAGCUACCCCGCGCCGAGGAGCGACACUGAACCGUGUACAGGGAGCCUUGGCACUACCUGUAAAUAUCGGUCCGCACACUAGGCGGAAAGCGAGGCUAACGUUGGGCGAUAGAGUGGACGCCCCGCCCCGCCUUUCGCGACCCGUCCCCGUCAACGUCUGGUGACUUAUCUCUCGACCGAUCGCCAUGGGAUACGAUUUUCUCCUUGCCCCACCACUUAGAUCUGUACAUAGGACACUUGAAGGAAUGGCUUGGUAUCUCUGCUAGGGCGGCCCGCUUCUUGCGCGCAAAAUGGCGAGUCACAUGGUCGCGCCCGUGGCAUGCCUACCCCUAGGUGUUUCGAAAGCUCCUGGUAGAGGUGGAUACGAGGCGUGGGUGGCCUGUUUGGUUGCUGUUUAGUCUACAAAUGGCAUCUCGGUCCUCGGUCCUUGGCUUUUCAACACAUUACAUGGCCCCUUUUAGCUGUAAAAGCACCGGGAGGCCACGGAGGAAGCCAUAGGGCUAUGUCCGGGCUCAUUUGUGUGGUGGCUAUCCAUGAUUACCGACGGGGAGGCUCAUGUCCGGGCAUGGUUUAAGCGGACAGGACGUCACGCUGGUGAUACCGGCAAACCAAAGACUACUACCGGUCGACUCAACCGCUGAAAAUUAAAAACUAGAAUGGAGCGUAGUUUUGAUCGCAGCCCUGACUACCUCUACUCUUAAAAUAU